AAUUGGAUUUCCCCACUCGGUUUUCCUCGUAGCGCUGCUCUUAUAAAUUCCCCUGUUUCAUCAUUAUUUGCCCACUCUUAUUCGCGUGAACGCGAUUUAUACCAGUUCCCUAGAUCGAUCGAUACAUUUUUAUCAACGUUCCCUCCAUUCGAGAAAGAACAGAUAUCUAAGAUCGAGCUGUUCUCCCUUCAAAAUGAAGAAUAACAUUUUGAUGUUAAUUCUUUGUAUCGUUGGCGCUGUUAUCUGUGAAUGUUCAACGGACAUUGAACAACCAUUGGUCGAAGCCCCGAUUGGAAAAAUUCGCGGUUCAAUUAUCGUCUCGAGGCAUGGAAGGAAGAUUUAUUCGUUCCGUGGGAUAAGAUAUGGGGAGCCACCUGUCGGCAAGCAACGCUUUCAACCUCCAAUCCCAGCGGCGGAUUGGCAAAACGUGUUCGAUGCCACCGAGGAAGGACCUAGUUGCCCUCAUCCCGAUGGCGUGUUGCAAGCGGAGGAUUGUCUACGUUUGAACGUGUACACCACUAAACUACCGUGCAAGAACGAAAAUGUAACGAGACCGGUUAUGAUAUUCAUACAUCCCGGCGGUUUUACCAGUUUCUCGGGCCAAAGUUCAAUUUUCGGCCCUCAAUACCUACUCGACAAAGAUAUCGUAUUGGUCACGAUUAACUAUCGUCUUGGGGCUCUAGGUUUCUUGAAUACCGGCGACAGUGAGGCGCCCGGCAACAUGGGCCUGAAGGAUCAGGUCGAGGCGUUCAGAUGGGUUCGAAGAAAUAUAGCCGCGUUCGGCGGCGAUCCGAGUUCUGUCACGUUGUGCGGUUACAGCGCGGGCAGUUUUAGCAUAAUGUUGCACAUGGUCUCCCCGAUGUCUAAAGAUCUGUUUCAUAGAGCUAUAUCGAUGAGCGCCUCGGCCAUCAAGCCAGAAGUCUACACAGGUGUCGCGGAACACGGGCAGAAGGAACUGGUUCGAAGGCAGGCCAGGCUGUUGAAUUGUCCCACCGAUUCGAGCGCUUCUAUGUUGAACUGUUUGAUCGAGAAACCCGUGGAAAACUUCACGAACACGUUGGCCAACUUGACGGAUUGGUACGGAAAUCCCAUUCUCCUAUGGACACCAGCCGUGGAGCCCCAUGUCCCUGGCGUCGAACGAUUCCUGUCCGAGCAACCGUACGACUCGAUCGUGCGAGGGAAAUUCCACCAAGUUCCUUACAUACUCGGGGUCACGGAACACGAAUUUGCCGGCGUUGUCGCGUUGUACGAGAGGAACGACAAGGUGGACAACGGCAGUUUGUAUCGAGAGGUGGACAACAAUUGGAACAAUGUAGCCCCGAUCUUUUGCAUGUACGAACGCGAUAGUCCGCGAUCGAAUUACAUAAGCAGGCAAUUGAGACAAUUUUAUUUCAAAGACGAGACGAUCAGCGAAUCGACUCUCCUUCAACUUGGCAAAGUAUACGGCGAUUGUAUAACCAUAUUCCCCAUGUAUCGAGCGGUUAAAUUGUUCGCAUCGAACUCGAGAGAGCCGGUAUACUUUUACAAAUUUACGUACGAGGGACGAUACGGUUUCUAUAGAUGGAGCAAUGAUACAGCAUACAAUCCGUCGCAUCACGACGACUUGCAGUAUCUGUUUCACGCGAAGCAAUUCUCGUUUCUCCCCUAUUUGGGGGAUGACGCACCGGAAGCACCUAUGGUCGAGCUUUACACGAGCAUGUGGUCCAAUUUCGUGAUAAACGGGGAACCGAUUCCAAGGAACGAUGACAGAUUCAAGAACGUUUCGUGGGAAACGUUCGACCCCUCGAAAACGAAUUAUCUGGAGAUCGAUCUUCAUUCGAGAAUGAAAACUGAAUUCUUCCCCGAAAGGAUGCGCAUAUGGGAAAGAUUGUUCCCGUUGCCCUCUCAAAAUUCGAGAACAGUGAAACAUUGAAUGUAUCCUUUCUUUUUCUCCAUUUU